CGUCCACAGUUCAGUUCAGUUCGGAAAGCAGGAGAGAUGUGGGCUGAUCUUAAGAUAAAAGCUGCAAACGGUUCUGUACAUUCCCUCCGUGAGCGUGAAGCACUUGCUCUGACAACUAUCCCACCUCCGUCGAGAAUGGAAGCUAAUGUUGUGAUGCUGGGAGCAGACAACGUUGGAAAAUCUGCUUUAACUGUUCGGUUUUUAACAAGACGAUUCAUUGGUGAAUAUGGAGACAUAGAAUCAGUCUACAAUCACAAUGUUACCGUUGCUGGGAGACACGUCGCCUUCAACAUUUGGGAUUCACCAUUUGCUCAGGAUCGACUGAAUAGUAGCUGUGGAAAGGAGAAACAGAUCCAGUGGGCAGAUGGUUUUGUGUUGGUCUACAGUAUCUGUGACCGGGCCAGCUUUAACAUAGUCCGGCAGCAGAUCCAACUCAUCAAGUCAAUGAAAGAUUACCCUAGCACCGAGCGAGCUCCCAUCAUCAUCGUGGGUAACAAGCGGGACCUGUGUCACUGUCGAACCGUCUCCAGUGAGGAGGGGAGACUCUUGGCUCUGGCAACCCACUGUGGCUUUUGCGAGAUCUCCACUGCGGAGACCUACCAUGGCGUGCUGGUGGCCUUCCAUAGUCUGGUGGACAGAAUCAAGGAGUCCAAGAUGCUGACUGUCAGGAAACCAGCCGGGAUCAAGGGCAUUGUCCGGAGUAUGUCUGCUGUGUUCACAAGAAGGAGAACAGAUUCCUUGUGAACGUGCCUGCAUAUCCACUGCUCAGCACUGCUUAUUUAGUGUGGACUCUUGCCUCAAGUCACAUUGUAUUCUUAUUCGCAAGGUUUACAUCUAAGGUCACGGUUUAUUGUCAUUUUUGGGAUUUUUAAAAGUCCUUUUCUCCUCUCUCACAGUUUGUGGGGACUGCUGGAGCUAAAUGUCAGGCUGCACCUAACAUGGGAGUCUCACUGAUAAACGUGGCUGGUUCUCCAUGUUAAAUGUG